GCGGGGGUAUAGCAGCGAGAGAAGAGCACCGCUGACGAAGAGAGGGGACAGUAGUGCAUCGGCAGAGCACUGCGCGCCAAAGGGCAGCGGCGAGUGCUCACUCAUCGUUCUCGGAGCCGCGGUCCGGGCGUUUGUGGCGUGACAGUAGAUCCCCGCCGGGACGUUGUUGCUCGUCACCCUGGCCCCGUGUGAGAAGCGAUCGGAGGGCUCGAGGACGCACCGUCAAGGCAGCAGGCAAACAGGCACGGAGGCCGUGAGAUGAAGUGAACAGCGAGGUGGAGCCAUACUUCCGGGCAAUUACCAGAAGCCAAACGGCGAAAGGAAGCUACGACGCCCGUCAAGAUAGAGCGACGACGCGUGCAUAUUACUCAACCAGAGCGCGUAGGGCACAAGCAGGCGAAACAUCGCUGAGCCUUCGCGAGAGGCGGAAAGAAAGAAAUAAGCAAAACGAAACAACAUUGUGCACGGCCCGUCAUCGAUGCGUCAGUGGCCGAGCUUCCAUCGACGAUUUCCGCUCUUUGUUGAGGUGCUCUGCGAGCAACGUUGGUAGCACGUUGUGGGUGCGCAAGGGACCGCUCAAACGCCUUAGGGAAAACAGGAGGAGACUAGACUGCGUGCUCAAGAAAAGGGUUACACCGCUGACCGACUUCCGGGAGGCAGACUCAUACCUUAUGUACAUAGCGGGAACUGUCAGGGAAGCGAAGUGGCUCAACCUUCCGCGUUAGGAGCGUGUCUCGAGCUCAGUCUUGAACUGUAAAGACACGCAGAAACGCAGCUCAGCUCAUAAAGACUGAACCUCGGCUAACAUUGAUGGUAUUGUGGCGGUAACAAGCGCCCACGAUUUGCCGAAGGCGUUCUUAACGGUGUGACGGAAAGAAGGCCGGGACAUCUAGAUUGGCUUCAGUAACACAACGAGACAUGGGCGAGCGGAAGAGCACCAACGGUCGGGGUCCGGAGUCUAGGACGGCGGCCAACGGAGUGGUGGCCUCGACGCCACCGACAACCACGGCCAGCGGGAUGGGCAGCACCCAGCAACACCUGUCGGCCACCGCGCUCGCGCCGCCCCCAGACGGUGGAUGGGGCUGGGUGGUCGUCUUUUCGUCCUUCAUGAUCCACGUGAUCGCCGACGGGGUCACGUACACGUUCGGCAUCUUCUACCUGGAGUUCCUCAAACAGUUCCAAGAGUCCAAGGGCAAGACGGCCUGGAUCGCCUCCAUCAUGGUCGGCACCACGUUCUGCAUCGGUCCCGUGGCGAGCGGCCUGACGACCAAGUACGGCUGCCGGGCGGUGACCAUCGCGGGCUCGCUUCUCGCCACCCUUGGGCUCGUCGUCAGCGUAGUGGCUCCGAACGUCACGUACCUGUUCUUCACCAUCGGCCUCUGCACAGGCGCAGGCUUCGGGCUCAUGUACUUGCCGGCGAUCGUGUCGGUGACCACGUACUUCGAGAAGCGCCGCGCCUUCGCCACGGGCAUCGCGGUGUGCGGCUCGGGCUUCGGCACCUUCGCGCUGGCGCCCUUCAUCGAGUGGCUGGUGCACGUGUACGGCUGGCAAGGGGCGCUGCUGUGCACCGCCGGCAUGGUGCUCAACUGCUGCGUGUUCGGCGCCCUGCUCAGGCCACUGCCGGAGCCGGUGAUCUCGGAGCCGGCGCCGACCGCCACGCAUGCCACCUACGACAAGCCGCCGAUCAGGGAGAUCAACGGAAACGCCUACCACGACGUGGAGGGUGCACCCCGACGCAAUGGCGGCCUCAGCUCGUGCUCGGCGUCUCGAGAGCUGUCCCUCUCCACGGGCACUAUCGCCGCCGUCCGGGCUGCCGACACUGGCGAGCACCAGUCCGAAGCGCACCGCAACCGACGACCCCGUUCGGCGCUGUUCGCUCGUGCCACCGGCGGAGGCGUCACCCUACCUCUGCUCACGCUGGAGGACGAGAAGACGUCAAUGUCGUGCGUGCACAUUGCCGGCUCUAGUCCACCGAGCCCGACGGGACCGGCGCCCCAUCUGCACCCGUGCCCGCGGAGCCUGCUGGUGCGCAAGGACAUCUUCUACAGCGGCAGCCUGCAGAACCUGCCGCCCGAGUACCGUGCCUCGUCCUCCUUCCUGUCGCGCGACAUGUCGCUCAGCGUCACCUCGCUGCGCACCAUCAAGUCGGUCACGGUGCCCACCUCGGACGAACGCACGCGCAUACAGAAGUUCUUCUGCUCGAGCGAGAUGGAGGCAGCGCUCCGUGAGAUGAUCAACUUCACGCUGCUCAAGUCUCCGGUGUUCCUGCUGUUCGCCACGUCCAACUUCUUCACGAGCGUCGGCUUCAACGUUCCCUACGUGUACACGAAGGACCGCGCGGUCGAGGAUCUGCGCAUACCUGAGGAGACCGGCAGCCUGCUGCUCUCCUGCAUUGGCCUGUCUAACACGCUGGGCCGCGUCAUUCUGGGUUACCUGAGUGACAAGUCGUGCGUGAACCGGCUGUGGCUGUACAACGCCAAUCUGACGCUGUGCGGCCUCGCCACGGCGUUCAGCUACGCGGCGCAGAGCGCCAUCGCCAUGACCGUGUACUGCGUCAUCUUCGGUGCCACCUCGGGUGCCUUCGUGAGUCUUACCUCUGUGAUCUUGGUGGACAUUCUUGGUUUGGAACGUUUGACCAACGCCUUCGGGCUGCUGCUUUUAUUCGAGGGUGUCGCCUGCCUCGUUGGACCGCCGGUGACCGGCUGGCUGUACGACUACACUGGGUCGUACGACCCGGGCUUCUUCCUAUCCGGUGCCAUGAUUGCCUUCGGAGGUGUCAUGUUGUUCGUGAUCCCUUGCGCGCAACGCUGCGAGGAGGCUCAGGAGAGGAAGCCGGCCGUCGGCACCACCACAACCACCACUACGACCACCAGUGGUACGACCAAGUCUUGCAGCAACUCAUUCCGGGAGGACACCACGGAUUCCAGCCAUGGUCAUACCCUCUCCUCGUCGCUCAACGGCCGCGGUCCGCACAACGUGUGAGCCCGGCCACUCUUUCCCUGAGAUCGUGAACAAGGGGCGGGCGAACGGAGCGUUGAGUAUUCGAGUAUCCGGGCGCCUUUACUACGCAACGGCGCCUCAGUUUUCCGUGGGACUGCACAACAGUUUCCCGUGGGACUGCACAUCAGUCAGGCACCGCUCAUUCUGUGUACCCGCCGGUAUUGGGGCAGGAGGGCACCUUCUUGGAAGCAAAGACCGUUCAGCCAGACAGCGACAGCUAUUAUAUCGCGACGGUAUGCCUGAAGUUCACCGCUUUAUAGCUUGGCCGACUUCUAAGCGUCGUCCCGAGGCUCGCCGCUAUGACGUCAAGCUCACGACUCGGGUACGUGGUAUAUGGAUGUGGGGCACACUGAAAAAGGUGCGGCGCCAUGCUGGUGGUCGACUCUGCAUGCCAAAAACUGUUCUCUUGGAGAGACCCACAGACAACGGUCACCGGUCCAAUACUUUUCAGGGCUCUGUUCGUGAACGCUUCGCUUUUCUUCUAACCAAUGAUAUUGAAGCUGUGCAAUGGACUCUGCGGCCUUACCAGCACGAAAGAAUAGCACGGGUGUCUGUCUUGCACUUUCGGUCCUGCUGCAUGGUAUUGUUCGCGUGGUAUUGUCCGCGCGUGCUCGUCCCUUGGCUUCGAUACCAAAGAGGGCAGGAUGGAAAGGUACAACUACAUGAAGAGAAGACCGUUCAGUUCGAGCCGGCCACUUGUGAGCGUCACUAUGGGUCUCUUAAUGUGAUGGCACGCCUACCACAGUUGCUAAGUGGCCGUUUUCUAUAGAAUUGCCAUGGAAUUGGCAGAAAGGAGACCCGCACACAUCACAAGUCACUCUCGGAAAGUCAGUUACACGAGCCCAUAAGUUUAUACUCAGUCAACCAGCCAAUUGUUUGCUGUUAAAGGGUGAGCGAUGGGUCUGUUCUCCUGGGCAACAGCCUCGUCUCUUGCAGUGCUCGCCGGCUGUAGCUGCACGAGCUUCUUUGUGUGAAGUGUCGACGGCGGAACAGUAACUGCGACAGUCACGGCGGUGCCUUUGCAUAAACUCUUCGUCGUAUUUCUGUUUCAGUCUUGCCACUGAGUGGCAAGACUGUAACCCUGAUCCUAAAAGGGCUAUCUUUGCCAGAAGAAACUUUUUGCCUGUGCAUUGCAUUUGCAAUGAGGACACCUGUUUUUGCCAAAUCGCAGCUUACGCAAUAGUUAUUCAUUAAGUGUUUAACUAGCAUCCAAGCCAUUACUGCGUUAUCACGUGUCGUCUUUGCGGAUUGUACAGUGAUGCGGAGCAAGCGGUUAUUGGAUUACUCAGUGGCUCUGUUGAAAGAGCUCAGUCAAAAGGAAUUGCGCGUUCCAUAAGUGAUAGCGGCCAGUUGUGCACGACAGUUAUGUCCCUAAGUACAAUGCCGCAGUGUAAUGAUAUAAGUUAGGAAGUUUGCGUGAAGUAUUGUGUAUCGCUGAAUUGUCAUGUGCCACACAGGAGAAUGUGCUGCUGUACUGCCUCUUUGCAGAGUAGGUGGAGUGCAGCAUUUGUCAGCGCAAAAAGAUGAAAAAUGGCGGGGGACUUAUUUCUGGCAGUAUUGUGUCAUCGCUCUGAAAACGCGCUCGCCAUAGGCGGGUCUAGCGAGACGAGGUGUAUACCGAGUGAUGUAAACUUCACGUUCACCUCUCCCUAAUAUUUUUCUAAGCUUACUGUUCAACUCUUACUCAUUCAUCUUUCUCAACUCCACUCCCGACGCAUAAGCAAAUGCCGAAACCCGUGUUUUUGAGUGCUGCAAAGUGUGAUAACACUUUCGCGUAGUACAUCUCCGCACAGAUAGGAGCCCUGAAGUGUCCUUAUCGGAGCACCCAUUCACAAGUUUCCGCGGCCGCGCUCCGGUACGCGGUGAAGAAACUGACCUUUUAUAGCGGACUUCAAGCGUGCCCUCUCAGUUCACUCCACUAUGAACUUCAUAUCACCUGAACUUUUUCUUUUUGACUUGACGGAGUUUCUGGCUGUUUAAUUGUGUGUGGUGUGGUGCAAGUGCGUGAUCGGGCCGAGCAAGCGGAGCAAGAACUGUGCAAACUAUCUGGCGCUUAUCUAUUGGCGCUUAUCUUGUAGGUACUUCACAACGUUGCGCUUAUUCACUGAAUGUUUAUUGCUGUCUCCGUGUUCUCUUCUUUCAUGCCUUCGCGCUGAAACGUGAUCUAAACGACUGUGUUAUGCCAAGAGCACAGUGUGAGCGGGAAUGCUUGCUGCCCUGGGCCUUCGUGCAGCUAUGCGCGUUGUUCUGUUUUGACAUCAUUUCGCGUCUUCAUUAAAGACUUAAACGAGAGAAGUACCGGCAGGAGAGCACUUU